CGCGCCGCGCCGCCUCCCUCGUACCCACACACACGCAGACACGCGCGGCGCUUCCGCGGCCGUCCGGUCGCCCCCGGCUCUUGCUGCGAGCAGCGCGAAGCGGCCCAGAGUGGAACCCCCGCAGCCGGCGGGUGCCGCUGUCCCGGCGUUGCCCGUCUGCGCGGCGGCGGAGAGGAGCGGGAAGUGGGCGAACGGCGUGGGGAAUGGAGACGCCCGACAGCAUCCUCGGGGCCGUGUGACAGCGACGCUAACACACGCGAGUGCACCCACCGGCUCGGAGCUGGAGCCGGUGCAAAGCCGGCCAGCGCCGCCCUGCCCCGUCCCGCGGGGAGCCGACAUGGAGUGAGAGCAGCGUGCCGCCGCCAGGAGAAGCCCAAAAGAGAAACAAAGAUGGCCAAAUUGACAGAGUCAAUGACUAACGUACUGGAAGAAGACUCAAUGGAGCAGGACAUAGAGAGCCCUGUCACUAUUCAUCAGCCAAAGUUGCCCAAACAAGCUAGAGAGGAUCUGCCAAAAAAUAUAAACAAAGAAUGUGCCAAAAGAAAAAUCCAGAGGUAUGUUAGGAAAGAUGGGAAAUGCAACGUCCACCACGGGAAUGUCAGAGAGACUUACCGUUACUUGACUGACAUCUUCACUACCUUAGUCGAUCUCAAGUGGAGGUUCAACCUGUUGAUUUUUGUCAUGGUUUACACUGUGACCUGGCUCUUCUUUGGAAUGAUAUGGUGGCUAAUUGCCUACAUGCGAGGAGAUAUGGAUCAUAUAGGGGACAGCACGUGGACUCCCUGCGUCAGCAACCUCAAUGGGUUUGUCUCAGCCUUUUUAUUCUCAAUCGAGACAGAAACCACCAUUGGGUAUGGUUACCGGGUCAUCACGGACAAGUGUCCCGAGGGAAUUAUUCUGCUUUUAGUGCAGUCUGUUUUAGGUUCUAUCGUCAACGCUUUCAUGGUUGGCUGCAUGUUUGUGAAAAUAUCCCAACCCAAGAAGAGGGCAGAAACCUUGGUUUUCUCUACAAAUGCAGUUAUUUCCAUGCGGGAUGGAAAGCUGUGUCUGAUGUUCCGAGUAGGAGACCUUAGGAAUUCACACAUUGUAGAGGCAUCAAUACGAGCCAAGUUGAUCAAAUCCAAACAGACAAAGGAGGGGGAAUUUAUACCACUCAACCAGACAGAUAUCAACGUAGGUUAUUACACAGGGGAUGAUCGUCUCUUUUUGGUUUCACCACUGAUCAUCAGCCAUGAAAUUAACCAGCAGAGUCCUUUCUGGGAGAUUUCCAAAGCCCAGUUGCCCAAAGAGGAGCUAGAAAUUGUUGUAAUCCUAGAAGGAAUGGUGGAGGCAACAGGAAUGACUUGCCAAGCUCGAAGUUCAUACAUAACGAGUGAGAUCCUGUGGGGUUACCGUUUCACCCCUGUCCUCACUCUGGAGGAUGGGUUUUAUGAAGUUGACUACAACAGUUUUCAUGAAACGUAUGAGACCAACACACCAGUUUACAGUGCCAAAGAACUAGCAGAGAUGGCCAGUCGAGCAGAACUGCCCCUGACAUGGUCUGUUUCCAGCAAGCUGGACCAGCAUGCUGAGCUGGAAACUGAAGAGGAGGAGAAGAAUCAAGAAGACCAAAAUGAAAGAAAUGGUGAUGUGGCCAACUUGGAGAAUGAGUCCAAAGUGUAGAACUACUGGAGGCAUUAAAGCCACAUCACCUCCUUAAUCGUCUCCCCUCUUUGCUCCCCCCCACUUCUUUCUCCAACAUGCUUUCCUUUUGGUUUGGGUUUUUUUUUUCUUCCUUGCUAUUCUUAAUUCUGGGAAAAUAAAUACUUAAGAUGCAAAAUAUCUACCUGCCCAACUUAAGAAAUUCACAGACUAAGCAAAGGCAUGGGUUAAAGCUGCAAUACCCAUUGUCAAUGGUGGAAUCUUGAUUCCCCACCCUGGUAAUGAGUGCUGGCUUCCUUGGCACCUCCCUGUGAGUUCAGACCUCCAGGUUUAGUCACAGCAACAACAACAGCAACAACAAAAGUAAUGUGAAUACACACAAGGAGUUUAAAAGGAAAGACUGAUAAAUGUUCAAAGUAAUGGGGUUUGGCUCCAGUUUUUUAUCUGUUUCAGAACAGUUUCACGUACUGAGUGAGAAGCCUCUAUGAAAUGGGCCUUGCAGCUUUAAGACAAAGGUGAGCAGAGGGAUCUGUAACCCAAUACGAUACUGUACAUAUGCCUUAUGUAAUUACUUUCACUUCACAUUUAGUAAUAAACACUGCAUGUACAAAAGUACUGUAGUAAAGAACUUCUAAAUAAUGUACAUAUAUGUGUAAUUAAGGUAGGCUUAGGAACAGGGUUCUAGAAAUAUUGGGAUGCAAAAACUAACUACCCAUCUCUUUUCUAAUAUUUGGAUUGCAAUAUUGAUUUUCCCCCUCCCCCACUACUUCCCCCCAUAUCUUUGGCUCUUCUAGUGCAUGACAUUUUCUUCAGUGUACCAGACUGGCAGCUAUUUAGAGUACCUCACUGCUUGCAAAACAGAUCAUUUUACUGACUCUAAAAAGCCAUAAGUCUGGAAGAGGGCAGGGUAAAGAAAUUGUAACAUAAUUACUGAUAUACUGUGAAAAUGUUUACGAAUAAGGCAAAUUGUUCCUGGCUAUUUUUUUGGCAGUUCAACCUAAAAUUUAGGCAAGCUCAUGGCAAACCAGAAUUUCCUGUAUACUCUGCAUAUAGCAAGCAUGUUUCAUGUGAAGGUAUUUAUCCUUUAUGUUCAAUACCUAGGGAAACUCCUCCCUUUCCCCAACCCAAACCAUGGGACUUCAGCAGAGUAGUUUGCUAUAGAAACAGCAAAAGCCAUUGAAAACCAAAUGUUGCACCUUAGGGAGUAGAUUUUAGCUACUCAACAGGGAAAGAAACCACUGAAUUUCAUUUGAAGUCAUAAUCAAUGAAAACCAUUUGUUGACAGUGUCGGUGCUUGGCCAGUCCGGCAGAGUCAUGGGUGGUGCAACAUCCCUGGGUAUAUGCUUCAACAGGGUCUCAGCUAAACUCACAGCUCCUGCUACCAGUGCUCAGGAGAGUGGUUCCCUGACUACUUUCUUCACCUUAGGUUAGCUCCUUGGCUGUUGUAAAUCAGUGUAAAUCCUGUACAUUUCAACAUGACAA